AUGACCCGGAGCCCUACCACCACUACCUAUGCAAUUGAGUUCUCCAUCCCAACUCUGUUAAGACAAAUUCAGACCGAAGUGCAGACGGGGUCGAAACACCACGGCUGCUUGGGGGACGGUGCAGCCAGCUGGAACCUUUCUGCCACGGUCACCCCUGUCGCUCUAUUCGACGACCUCUCCAUCGGAGCACGCCUCUGCACUAGCGCCCUCCAGGGCUCCACGCCCGUCUCCGACCGUACCACAGAUGUCGUCAUCCUGUCAUUGGCUGCCGCAGCUCAGCAGCCUCGCGGAGCCGAAGCGGGUUUUGCGCUAGAAUCGCACGAUUGGCACCAGAUCUGGGAGCGCCACGCCAACGCCGGAGCGGCCGAGUGGGCUCCACAGGCGGAGUAA